AGUCAAAAGAUUGUGAAAAUGUGCAAUGUAUAAAUGUAAAAGAAACAGUGACUAAAGAAUAAAAGGAAGGUAAUCAAGGCAUCAUCUAGCAUACUCAUAUUAAUGUGUCAAGACCAAGCAGAGAAAGGUUGAAAUUCAAAUUCUUCGUGAACUAUAAAGAAUCUAAUAUGUCCAAGCCUACAUCAAUGCUUACAGUUGUUUCCAAACGAGUUGUAUAUGAUGCGCCUUACUACAAAUUUAAGGCAAUUAGUAAUUUAUCCGUUGUGUUACCUUUGGGAAAACUCAAACUAUUGACCAUAAACUGGCCGUUGUAAAUUACAAUAUAUCUAAUUUCUCGAGCAGAAUGCAAUUAUUAGUUGUCGCCUAUAAAUAGUGAAUAGUGUUUCACAGGCAAACCAUACAGUAUCUAAACACCAACUUUACCUUAUUUCACAAUCAAACAACCUAAACAAUGAAUACCAUACUUCUAGACUAUCAACCAAAACCUCGCCAACAUCUUUACUGUCGCAGCUCUAUUCAAGUGCUAUAUACCAUAGCCUGGACAACACCAAUGGAAGAUGCAUGGAAACUAAAUUUCGCUGCCUGCAGCCCCAAUGAGCUGAGUCAAGGAGGAGCAGGUUAUGUCCUUCGUGAGCAUCAUGGCUUAUUCAAAGCCGCUCGUGCAGAGCCAUUGUCUAAUGAUUUCAGCCACCUUGAAGCGAAACUUGUAGCUCUUGAGUUGGGUCUACGAGAAGCCAUAGUACAAGGCAUUGAUUACCUUGAGGUUGAGGGACAUUCUGUGGAUGCAAUCGAGGUGGCCUUUGAUGACAAGGCAACACUUGUGCCUUCGAUAAGAUCCAUCGCCCAUAUAUGUCAUAAUCAUUUACAAGCAUUUAAACUGGUCAAAUUUCACCCUGUGGCAGAAUUUGCUAACAGGGCUGCCAUGAAAUUAGCAGAAAUGGCAAGUUAUGAAGAAGUUAUGCAACGUUGGACAAUUGAACCUCCCCCCGAAAUAGCUACAAUUCUGGUUGAAGACAUGACAGGUUAUUGGCAUGGUUUAUAUUAUUAAGGCAUUUAUUAUCAAAAUAAUGUGUUCCUCAUAGGCAAAUUUGCCAGAGAACUGAAUAAACAAGGGAUGCAAAUUCUCUAUAUUAAUAAGAUAUCUUUUUACCUUAAGAUACACCUACAUUGUGAAGGAACACCGUAUUAUUACUGAAUAAUAUCAGACAUUGAAUUGUUUCCCCAUUACCCUCCAUCGUUUUGUCAGCAAUAAAAAAGCAUAAUAUAUUAAAUUAAAGACCCAGAAAAAUGAACAAUAAUUUAAUCGAAUUUCCAUCCUACAUAAAACAGAAUUAUUCCAAGUAAAAAUACGCAUGUCAAGUAAAAAUCUGGUCAGAAAAAACUAAGCACACACCAAUUCCAAAUGAUUGGUCAAAUAAUUUCCAUUUAUUUGUUCUUUGGGGGAUGGAAAAGAGGAAAAA